CAGAGCUCAGGACUGUGCCCACCCCCGAAGGCAUCAGCAGCAAGGACACCAUGCAGGUUCCAGGCACCAUGCCAGCUCCUGUCCUCAAAGGCCAGGCACUGUGGCUGCCGCUGCUGUUGAUGCUGAGCCCACAGGCCUCCGGUGGCCUGGUCAUCACACCCCCGGGGCCGGAGCUUGUCCUUAAUAUCUCUAGCACCUUCGUUCUGACCUGCUCGGGUCCAGCUCCGGUGGUAUGGGAACGGUUGUCCCAAGAGCCCCUGCAGAAAAUGGCCAGGACCCAGGAUGGCACCUUCUCCAGCACACUGACACUGACCAAUGUCACUGGGCUAGACACGGGAGAGUACUUUUGCACCUACAAAGGCUCCCAUGGGCUGGAGCCUGAUGGGCGAAAACGGCUCUAUAUCUUUGUGCCAGAUCCCACUAUGGGCUUUCUCCCGGUUGACCCUGAGGAACUCUUCAUCUUUCUCACGGAAAUAACGGAGAUCACAAUUCCAUGCCGAGUGACGGAUCCAAGACUGGUGGUGACACUACACGAGAAGAAAGUGGAUAUCCCACUGCCCAUCCCCUAUGACCACCAACGUGGCUUCUCUGGUACCUUCGAGGACAAGACUUAUGUCUGCAAGACCACCAUCGGGGACAAGGAAGUGGAUUCUGAAGCCUACUAUGUCUACAGCCUCCAGGUGUCAUCCAUCAACGUCUCCGUGAAUGCAGUGCAGACUGUGGUCCGCCAGGGUGAGAACAUCACCAUCAUGUGCAUCGUGACCGGAAAUGAGGUGGUUAACUUUGAAUGGACAUACCCACGCAUGGAGAGUGGGCGGCUGGUGGAGCCAGUGACUGACUUCCUCUUCAAUGUGCCCUCCCACAUACGCUCCAUUCUGCACAUCCCUAGUGCUGAGCUUGGCGAUUCAGGGACCUACAUCUGCAAUGUAUCAGAAAGUGUGAAUGACCAUCGAGAUGAAAAGUCCAUCAACGUCACCGUGGUUGAGAGCGGCUACGUGCGGCUGCUGGGGGAGCUGGACGCCGUACAGUUCGCGGAGCUGCACCGCAGCCGGGCUCUGCAGGUCGUGUUCGAGGCCUACCCGCCGCCUACUGUCGUGUGGUUCAAGGACAACCGCACGCUAGGCGACUCCAGCGCAGGCGAGAUCGCCUUGUCCACACGCAACGUGUCUGAGACCCGGUACGUGUCAGAACUGACGUUGGUGCGGGUCAAGGUGGCCGAGGCUGGCUACUACACCAUGCGGGCCUUCCAUGAGGAUGCCGAGGCCCAGCUCUCCUUCCAGCUGCAGGUCAACGUGCCUGUCCGCGUGCUGGAGCUGAGUGAAAGCCACCCUGCCAGCGGGGAGCAGACAGUCCGAUGUCGCGGCCGGGGCAUGCCCCAGCCACACCUCACCUGGUCUACCUGCAGCGACCUCAAAAGAUGUCCUCGCGAGCUGCCACCCACGCCGCUAGGGAACAGUUCAGAGGAGGAGAGCCAGCUGGAGACUAACGUGACAUACUGGCCUGAGGAUCAGGAGUUCGAGGUGGUGAGCACGCUGCGCCUGCGCCGUGUGGAUCAGCCGCUGUCGGUGCGCUGCACUCUGCACAACCUGCUGGGACACGACAUGCAGGAGGUCACCGUGGUGCCACAUUCUCUGCCCUUCAAGGUGGUGGUGAUCUCGGCCAUCCUGGCCUUGGUGGUUCUCACAAUCAUCUCCCUCAUCAUCCUCAUCAUGCUCUGGCAAAAGAAGCCACGUUAUGAGAUCCGAUGGAAGGUGAUUGAAUCCGUGAGCUCCGAUGGCCAUGAGUACAUCUACGUGGACCCUAUGCAGCUGCCCUACGACUCCACCUGGGAGCUGCCGAGGGACCAGCUCGUGCUUGGACGUACGCUCGGCUCUGGGGCCUUUGGGCAGGUGGUGGAGGCGACGGCUCACGGCCUAAGCCAUUCGCAGGCCACGAUGAAAGUGGCAGUCAAGAUGCUGAAAUCCACAGCCCGCAGCAGCGAGAAGCAGGCCCUCAUGUCAGAGCUGAAGAUCAUGAGUCACCUCGGGCCCCAUCUAAAUGUGGUCAACUUGCUGGGGGCCUGCACCAAAGGAGGACCCAUCUACAUCAUCACCGAGUACUGCCGCUACGGGGACCUGGUGGACUACCUUCACCGCAACAAGCACACCUUCCUGCAGCUCUGCUCCGACAAGCGCCGCCCGCCCAGCGCCGAGCUCUACAGCAACGCCCUGCCCGCGGGGCUCCCUCUGCCCAGCCACGUGUCUCUGCCUGGGGAGAGUGACGGGGGCUACAUGGACAUGAGCAAGGACGAGUCAGUGGAUUACGUGCCCAUGCUGGACAUGAAAGGAGGCGUCAAAUAUGCAGACAUUGAGUCCUCCAGCUACAUGGCCCCUUAUGACAACUACGUCCCCACUGCUCCCGAGAGGACCUGUCGGGCAACUCUGAUCAAUGAGUCCCCAGUGCUUAGCUACACGGAUCUCGUGGGCUUCAGCUACCAGGUGGCCAAUGGCAUGGAGUUCCUGGCCUCCAAGAACUGUGUCCACCGAGAUCUGGCAGCCAGAAACGUGCUCAUCUGUGAGGGCAAGCUGGUCAAGAUAUGUGACUUUGGCCUGGCUCGUGACAUCAUGAGAGACUCGAACUAUAUCUCCAAAGGCAGCACCUUCCUGCCUCUGAAGUGGAUGGCUCCCGAGAGCAUCUUCAACAGCCUCUAUACCACCCUGAGCGACGUGUGGUCCUUCGGGAUCCUGCUCUGGGAGAUCUUCACCCUGGGUGGCACACCUUACCCAGAGCUGCCCAUGAACGAACAGUUCUAUAAUGCCAUCAAGCGGGGCUACCGCAUGGCUCAGCCUGCCCACGCCUCUGACGAGAUUUAUGAGAUCAUGCAGAAGUGCUGGGAAGAGAAGUUUGAGAUCCGGCCUCCCUUCUCCCAGCUGGUGCUGCUUCUCGAGAGGCUGCUGGGUGAGGGGUACAAAAAGAAGUACCAGCAGGUGGAUGAGGAGUUUCUGAGGAGCGACCACCCAGCAGUCCUUCGGUCCCAAGCUCGCUUGCCUGGCUUCCCUGGCCUCCGAUCCCCUCUGGACACCAGCUCUGUCCUGUACACUGCUGUGCAGCCCAACGAGGGUGACAACGACUACAUCAUCCCCCUGCCGGACCCCAAGCCUGAGGUUGCUGACGGCCCACUGGAGAGUUCUCCCAGCCUUGCCAGCUCCACCCUGAAUGAAGUCAACACCUCCUCUACCAUCUCCUGUGACAGCCCCCUGGAACCCCAAGAGGAGCCAGAACCAGAGCCAGAGCCCCAGCCCGAGCCCCAGGUGGUGCCGGAGCCACCGCUGGAUUCAAGCUGCCCUGGGCCUCGGGCUGAGGCAGAGGACAGCUUCCUGUAGGGGGCUGGCCCCACCCUGCCCUGCCUGAAGCUCCCCUCUACCUCCCAGCACCCAGCGCCUCCUGGCCUGGCCUGGUCUCCCAUCAGCUGUCACUUUCUAGAAAGCUUUUGUCCCUGCCAUGUGACACCCCAGCCACUGGGGCUGGCCUAGGAGGCAAGAGGACUACAGAGGCCGUGACCACCCUCUGCCUCUGGGGAGGCCAUGUGACUGGGAGCCCGGGUUCUCCCAGGGCACUUAGUUUCUCCAUCUAUAGGAUGGGAGCGCAGGGCCCGGUGACACAGAAUCUGGGCUUCCUUCCCCGGCUCCCAGGCGGGGAGGUUGGAACCCCUAGAGAGAUUUUUGAGGCUCAGGAGGCAUGAAUUCAUGCUCUUCGGUUCAGCCAGCUACUCCUCAAGGAGCUGUAGCUUUCUCCUCGCACUUUCAUCCCCCCAGGAGCUGGGGAA